AUGAGAGGAAAUUCAUUAGAAAAAGAUUUGAGCUUAUUAAUAAAUAAUCAAAAAUAUAGUGAUAUAGAAAUUUUAUGUGAAGAUGAAAAAAAAUUAUAUGGUUGUAGAGCAAUUUUAGCAGCAAGAUCCGAAGUAUUUGAUAGAUUACUUUAUAAUGGGAUGAAAGAAAGUUAUGAAACCAAAAUUUCUUUUCCAAAGAUUAAUUCUGCUGGUAUGAAAAUUGUAUUAGAAUAUACUUAUACGGGAUCAAUUAAAAUAGAAUCAUUAACAAAGGAUAAUAUAAUUGAAGCAUUUUAUGCUGCUGACUAUUUUCAAUUACCAGAUCUUCAGGAUUUUAUUAUGAAUACAUUCAAAAAUACAUUAGAAAAAAAUUGCGAUGAAAAUUAUUCACCAGAAUUACUAUCUAAACUUGCAGAGAAAAUGCCAUUAACAGAAGAUAAUAUUCUACUGAAUUUAUUGGUUGAAGCGGUAGCAGUUAUACCAUUAAACACCAUUGAAUUUGGUCGAUUGUCUAUUACAGGACUUAGAUAUCUUUUAUCUUAUACACAUGAAGAAGAACCUCUUUUUGCAACCCCAGAAUAUGAAGUUUUUCGAUAUGGCGCUAUCCUUGCAGCAAAACAAGUUUCAAAUGAAGCAUAUAAUACUCUUAUGGAACAGUUACCAAAUUUAGAACAAAUAAGACAAGAGAAUCCAGUACAAAUAAAAAACAAAAUUAUUGACGAUCACCAAAAAGUUGCCAAAGAGUUGGAGCCUUUAGUUAAAUUAAUUGAUUUUAGGCGAAUCAAAGGUCAAAUAUUAGUUAAUAUUAUUGAGCCGCUUGGCAUUACCCCAAUUGAAAUUAUUUUAAAUGUUUAUCGAUAUAAUACAUUAUCGUUUAAUUCAGAUUUAAAUGAUACCCGAGGCAAUUAUGUUUAUGAUGAGUCAGCAUGUGGAUCAAAACUUAUUAUUGAGGAUAAUGGAAAAGUCGUAUGUGCACCAAAUAAUCUUACUGAUUGGCAAAGUGUUAGUGUUAAAGUAGCUUUAGGAAAUAAAGAUGUUUUUGAAUGGGAUGUUAUUAUUGAGAAAUGCUGUACAAGUGCUGCUGUUGGAGUAUGUGCAUCAGAAAAUUUUAAUUAUGAAACUUGGGCAGGAUAUCAAGCUACUGGAUGGGUAUUAUCCUCCCAAGGUAGUAGUGUUAAUUCAAAUGUAUGGUUAGGAAAUUAUUGCCCUUCAUUCGGAGAUGGCACAAAAAUCACUGUUCACUUAGAUAUGAAUAAAAGAACUUGCGCUUUUACAGUCAAUGGAACAAAAUAUCCAGAAGUAUUAGCUUGGAAUAAUUUACCAUCAAAGCUCUAUCCAGUAGUAUCAUUAAAAUACCCUGGUCGAUUUAGAAUUCAACCUCAUAAAAAAUAAUAGUGAAAUUAUAGAAUAAAAUUUUUUUAUUGAAACUG